CGCGGCGCUCCCGGGAUGGCCGCGCUGCCCGCAGACACCGCUGGCGGCCCUGUCCCUCCUCUUUUUUUUUCCGGCGGCGGCUCGUUACUGUGUGGGAGGAGGGCGGCAGGGAUGGACUUGAGCUUUCGGCUUCCCUGCUAAGGCUGCAGCGCAGCGCAGCGCGCCGCGCCGCACAGCCCGCGCCGGCAGGGCAGGGAGGCAGCGGCUUCCCCCGCGCCGCGCUCGCAGGGGGCUCUGCCUCGCUCCCUUUUCCUCUUCCCUUUUUUUCCUCCCUCCUCUCUCGCUCGCACGCCGCUCUCGCCCGCACGCACACACCCCUCCUUUGCCCUUUCAUCCGUCCCCGCCGCCGGCCUCCCUCGCCGUCUCCCGCCGCGGCAGAUGCGCCUGGGCCCGCCGCGCAUCUGGUACUAUGGUGAAAUUUCCAGCGCUCACUAACUACUGGCCCCUGAUCCGCUUCCUCGUCCCCCUGGGCAUCACCAACAUCGCCAUCGACUUCGGGGAGCAGGCCUUGAAUAGGGGUAUCGCUGCUGUCAAGGAAGAUGCUGUGGAAAUGUUGGCCAGCUAUGGGCUGGCGUACUCCCUGAUGAAGUUCUUCACAGGUCCAAUGAGUGACUUCAAAAAUGUAGGUCUGGUGUUUGUGAACAGCAAGCGAGACAGGACCAAAGCAGUUUUGUGCAUGGUUGUAGCUGGAGCCGUAGCUGCUAUAUUUCAUACAUUAAUAGCAUAUAGCGAUUUGGGGUAUUACAUUAUUAAUAAGCUACACCAUGUGGAUGAAUCAGUGGGAAGUAAAACUCGGAGGGCCUUCCUUUAUCUGGCUGCCUUCCCUUUUAUGGAUGCCAUGGCUUGGACCCAUGCUGGCAUUCUGCUGAAACAUAAGUACAGUUUCCUUGUGGGAUGUGCCUCCAUCUCAGAUGUCAUAGCUCAGGUCGUUUUUGUAGCCAUUUUGCUUCACAGUCACUUGGAGUGCAGGGAGCCUCUUCUGAUCCCAAUCUUGUCUCUCUACAUGGGAGCACUGGUCCGAUGUACCACGUUAUGCCUCGGUUACUACAGGAACAUACAUGACGUCAUUCCUGACAGAAGCGGACCUGAAAUGGGGGGAGAGGCUACAAUAAGGAAGAUGCUGAGUUUCUGGUGGCCUUUGGCAUUAAUCUUGGCAACUCAGCGAAUAAGUAGGCCCAUCGUCAACCUUUUUGUCUCGCGGGACCUAGGUGGCAGUUCUUCAGCCACAGAGGCAGUGGCAAUCCUGACAGCUACAUAUCCUGUGGGACACAUGCCAUAUGGCUGGCUGACAGAAAUUAGAGCGGUAUACCCUGCUUUCGACAAGAAUAACCCCAGCAAUAAAUUGGUGAACACUAACAGCACCGUCACAGCGACACAUAUCAAGAAGUUCACUUUUGUCUGCAUGGCGUUGUCCUUAACGCUCUGUUUUGUGAUGUUUUGGACGCCUAACGUCUCAGAGAAGAUUUUAGUUGACAUAAUUGGAGUAGACUUUGCUUUUGCAGAGCUAUGUGUUGUUCCUUUGCGCAUCUUCUCCUUCUUCCCAGUUCCAGUGACGGUCAGAGCGCACUUGACCGGUUGGCUGAUGACUCUAAAGAAGACAUUUGUGCUGGCACCCAGCUCAGUGCUGCGGAUCAUUGUCCUCAUCGCUAGUCUCAUUGUUCUGCCUUACUUGGGAGUUCAUGGAGCCACUCUUGGAGUAGGAUCCCUUCUAGCUGGUUUUGUAGGAGAAUCCACCAUGGUUGCAAUAGCAGCCUGCUACGUCUAUCGGAAACAGAAAAAGAAGCGGAAUGAGAAUGAAGCAGCUACGGAAGGUGAAGACUCUGCCAUGACCGACAUGCCUCACACAGAGGAAAUGACGGACAUCGUAGAAAUGAGAGAAGAGAAUGAAUAAUAGAUGGGAUACAAUUGUUCUCUGCAGGGACAAUUGGAAUGACACUUCAACAUCUUGUCUUCUCUCAUACUUUUUUUUGGUUGUUUUUAUUUUUGUAAUAAAGAGGCCUUGAUUUAAAAGGUUUCAGAUAAAUUCUCUAGCAUACUGAGUAUGCUCACACUGAUGAGGGGCCUAAAAAGAGGUCUUUGCUUUUUCUUUUUCAAUUGAAUUAGUUUUCUCACUCCAUGCAAACAUAAAAGAUACAACUGCAUCGCUGUAGUGUCUUCCUUACUUAUGCAUCCACCUUCUCUGGACAAUCUGCAUUUGUCAACCAAAGCCCUGCUCUGUGUGUAUGUGUGUGUGUGUGCAUGUGUUUGCACAUGCCACUGACUCAAUGCUACUACCAUAAUCCUAUUCCCUCCCCUCUUUCUUUUUCCUUCCUUUUUUUAAAAUGAGAAAUGCUAAAGACAAGAAGCUUGGAAAACACAGCUUUAUUUUACUUGCUUGAAAAUGACUUUGCUACAUAACUUAAUGUACUAUGAUGUACUAUUAUCAUUUUGUUUGGCCUCAUCACCAAGGCUUAUACUGCACAGGGUAUAGAAUAGGGAGAAACAUGCAAGUCUUCAUGUGGAAAGUGGAGAAAUACAGGUUCCUCUCCCCUGUAAAAAAGUGUGUGCAUGUACCUACAGACACACACAUGUACAUAUAUAUAUUUGUAUAUAUAUAUGUAUACAAUAAAAUACACAUAGGACAAGAACUCUAUUUAGCUUUCAUUCCACCACUGAAGAUAGGUAACAUUUGAAAAAUUGUAAGCUUUUAGUUCAGAAUUUUCUUGACUAGCUAAUCUCCACCUUACAUAUCUUUUUCUUCGGAAGAGAAGCAAGCACUUUCUUCUUGUGAGGACAGUGAUGGCAACCAGUAGAAUAGUUUGACUGAAUUAAAAAAAGAAUUGACAAACUUUACCAAAGUUCUUGUCCACUAUUUUGAUUUAACUUUAGUUUUUGAAGGACAAUUUGCUCGAUACUUUUUUCUGCUGCCUAUAUAUUUAAUAAAACAAACAAACAUAACUUUAGCAGGACACCAUGGUAUAGUACAGUACGAUGUGUAGGUCCAUGAAAUUUUAUACACACACACACACAUAUAUAUACACAUAUAUGUAUGUUUUGCUAUGUUUACCUAUGCAGUAGAUCAAAAUCCAUACAAUGAAUCUCCAGUACUGAUGGUCAUCCGAGUCCUAAAUUAGGGUCCUUGAGCAUAAGCUAGCACUCAAGAGAACAGUUUCAUGGAAGUUUAAACACUGCUCAAAUCAGCAAGUGCUGUACUUUGAGAAGAAGACAGGCACUUUGUGUUUUAAGUGGUCCUUAAAUAAUAGAGCAUAGGGUUGUAAGGGUGAUUUGUAUCAGGUUGAAAUGAAGCCUAUAUAAGAGGUUACCAAACCAGAGAUGGUUUGGGUGCCACCAGUGAUGGCUGCAACAGUAGCUUGUAUUUCUGUGCUGUUCUGUGUUUGGCUGCGGGGCAGUGUUUACAUUACCAAUUUGUAGCAGCUUGGGUUCUUGUAGAUGUACUCAUGCCAGAGUUUGGGAGCUGUUAUCCUAAAUGCUAUAUACAGAAAUCAGUUAAUUUAAACCUUAUUUAGUGAAAGUAUAUUUUUCUAAGUUUUGGAAAUGAUUAUUUAACUGUGGACAAAUUCAGUUUCUAGAUUAUUUACCAGGUAGUGCCAACACCUCAGAAAAACCGAUCAAAACUAAACAUUACUUUAAAUGUUAUAUCAAUAUAUGUGUGUAUAUACAUACACAGGUGUAUAAAUAUAUAUACUGUAUAUUAUGUACAUUUAUUUUAAGCUACAGUACAUUUCCUAUUUUUCCAAGUUCAGCUAAAAAUGUCUCUAAAACACUACAAAGUUGGCUAACAACCGGUUAUGGCUAAUAAUGAAAGGCAUUGUAUCAAUGAACUUUACAUUUUAUUUUACACACUUGUAUCAAUUUGUUACAUGUACAUAUGCAAUAAGAAAUGACUUAGAUAUGAUUGUGUUGAAUGACAGAUUUGAAAAAUCAGUGCACUGUUAAUGAGCAGUGGCACUGGAAAGGUGAAUCUCAACCCAGUAAUCCACGUUUUCUAUGCCACCACAGGGUUGUACUCGAUAUUCCUUAUUGCAGUAAAAGCAAAACACACACACACACACACACACACAGAGAAAACCCCUCAGACAAAUUAACGUAGUGCAGUAUGUAGACUGCACACAUCUGCAUUCAUGAAUACAGACUCUCAAACAGUCAUGUAUGUAACUUGUAUAUAGACUGUUACAGAUCAUAGUGGCCGUUUAAGGUCUUCUCUAUUGAUGUACUUGCGUUUUCUCCAGUACAUUUAUAUCCAAGCCCACAACACACAGUUUUUCAGGAACUAUAGAGAUAAAGCAAGAAAAUAUUUUUGUGUAAUAUUUCUUUUGGUACAUGACUAAAAUUUAAGCAGCAGUAUUUUUGAAAAGUUUUGAGCAUUACUGAUGCAGGUUUCAAGGUAAGAAUUGCACCAAAAGUAAAAAUUUGAAAACCAUUUAAAUGUAACACUAGAGCUUUUGCUUUAGCUAGAAGACUGAAUGAAUAUCAAAAACAGAAUUAUUGGUCACGCAGCUAAACUAAUAGCAUUGUAAAAGUUAAAAUUUCAGUUGUGUGGAUAAUACUUAAUAUUCCUUUAUACAUUUACUUUACAAAACAUUGAAUGGAGUGGUAGGAUUUGGGCAAGAAUUCAAGUAGUUACAUACAACACAUGCAUAACAUUUCCUUUUUAAUACUGUUCCCUGUGCAUUGUGUAUUUCUUUACAUUGCUUUGUUGGAUUAACAAAAUACGUUGAUGUUUCUGCAAUGAGUAAGUCCAAAUCAGAACUUCAUGUCAGACUGGAUAGUUACUCCAUACGGCCGUCAGCAGGCUUGACUUGAAGGCAUAUCCACAAAGAGCACCAUGGACCCCAGGAGCUUUUGGUACUGCCUGUGGACAGCAUUUUCAAGAGUUUCAGUGCACACCUGAAACCUAACUGUUCUGACUCACCUUUGGUGGCAAAAUCAGCUGGGUUGGUGAAGAUUAGAGAUGGUUAUAGCUUGCAGUGUUUCAGGGGUGGAUAGCCAGUUUUCUGUGGUGGAUGGUGAAGGGCACACCACUUCUUCACCUCAGCUGAAGCCGCAGCCAGAUGUGUCAGAAGGGUGCAGGUUCAAGUGUCUCUGUCUGGCAAGUCCUCCUGAACAUGCUGUCCCACGUCGCCUCCUUCCGAAAAGGACCUUCUUGAGUUCUAGUAAAAUGGCUUAGCCGUCUCUGUUGUGUUAUUGCUUAUGAAAUGGUUAUCUAUGUGGUGAAUAUUUUUGAAUAGAAACCUGUUAAGUUUCCACUUUUGUGGGAAGGUUUAGCCUUUUCAGGCUUUUUUGGAAAACUGCUGAAUUAUACAAAUGAAGUUACAAUAAAAAGAGGAGCAAAGUUGAUUUGUAUCCUACAUCAUAAUUUAGAGUAUGGGAGAACAUAUCACACAACAGGGAAUAAAAGAACACUGACAGGCAGUGGAUUAAUAUAUACAUAGAAGUGUGUUAACUUGUCUGAGUUUUCCUUUUGCAGACUUACGGAUAUUGAGGAAACAUCUCCAUUUGCAUUUUUUUGACUGCCCUAAACAGUCCUCUCAUACUUACCAAGCAUUGGACUUGAUGAAAAAGACUCUACGUUUUCCAGCCAAUAUUUGAAACCAUUUAGACACAUCGCCGGCUUCCCAAGCAUCCCUCAGCUCACCCAUCCCUCUUGCACAGAUGCUCAAGGCAAGUGCCCUAAGUUGUCUGGUUGUUAAAUACAGCUAUGCUAAGUGAGAGCAUUGGGUGAGUAACAGAGAAGUCUUCUGUUUUCUGCUCGUUUUGCUGUUCAAUAUUUCCUCUGAAUGAGAGAGAUUUAUAUCUACCUCUUGUUCGUUUUUUUGCUGAAUUACUGCAUCAGUUUACAGGCAUAAAACAGCCCUAAACAGAGGGUGAGACAAUGAAUGCCACAUGUUCAGGACGGGUCAUGAUUUACAAGGAGAAAUCAUUUGACAGCAAGAAUUUAGCCUUUUGUGGGAUUGCGCCUCAUCUUUAAGGGCAGGCAAAAGCGUUCAGUCAGCUUCUGGCUUUUAGAGGCUGCAGGCAUCGUCCUGUGUUAGGCUGCAAGGUACAAUUUAGCCGCUCAGCAGCAAGGUGGCCAGGGAGCACUGCUGGGGCAGGAGCCUGCCCAAGGGGUGCUGCGCGGGGCUGGGUGAAGGACACCCCACAGCUAGUGCUGCGCAGGGCUCUCCAGACAGGAGGGACCAUGCAGAGGACUGAAAGGUGGCAGCAGCAGUUCUGUCUCCACUUGAAAUGCUAUACUCAUGACAUGAUCAGGACAGCCUUUAAUGCAGUUGGGUGUUAUCCGAGCUCAGUUUCCAUGGCCAUUAGUAUAUUAGAAAGCCAUAUGUAUAUGUACAUGUAUAUAUAUGUAUUUAUACACACACGUAUGUAUGAGACAAGUUUACACACAUUUUCAUUACUGCCCAUGUGCAGUUUGUUGGAACAACAAUCCAAGCAUAAACAUGAUCUUAAUGUGCAACUAAUGUUAAGCUGUUUAAAAAAAUUGCAGUUUAAAGCUAUAUAAAACAGUAAAUUAAGUGACCUUUCAACAGACGUUGUGCCAGCAAGAUAAAGAAUGAUUUAGAACAAUAAGUUGAAAUGGUAGGGAAGGGGGAAAAUGUAGAAAAGUUUAUGGAUAUUGUAUAUCCAACCUAAAGAAAACAGCAUCACUUGGAGAUCCAUGAAACAUAGCAGAAAAUAGGAGAACUAUGAUUGCUGCCAUUUUCCUUUUAACUGCACUAGAGAAAUGCUGAAGGAUGAUCAGUAAUACUUAAGUCAAACGUGGCUUUUAAGUAUUUUGGUUUCUGAGAGGAGAGGAGCCAUCAGUUUUGAGAAAUGAGCAUGAAAACAGUUCAGAAUAUUUAAGCAGAAAUAAACCAAUACAUAGGUUUUAUAACAUGCAACUAAGAGGCAUUACAUAGCUUACUGUUUCUAAGUAACUGACAGUACUGCAUUGAGGAAAUACCACCUGAACAUUAGUUAGACAAAGACAAAAUUAUCACAAUUUUGGUAUCAGACUGGCAUUUCCCAAAUACAGAAUUAACCAUAAAAUGUUAUUAUCCAUUUCCCUUCUUUAUGUUUGAUUUUUUACUAUAAUUCAAGUGUGGAAUCAUAUCUUAAAGCAGAGUAAGUUCCCAUUAAAAAGGAUGCCCCUGUCUCUCAUAUGAUGAUAAGUUAAGUUAGCAGUAAUCUAUUGAAUUCAAGAUGAGUUCCAAAUUAUUUCUGGGUUCUGUAAAGCAAUUUCCUUGAUUGCCUGCUGAUACAGUGCCAUGAAAUACGGUAGAGCUGUUACAAUAGCAAGGGAUUCAGUCCAAGAGUGGGCCUAAAUUAUACCAGAAUGGUAGAGAAGAGGGAGGAAACAGCCUGCUCAGGCAUUCACAGCGCUCUAAUAUUUUUUUGGCCAGCUUGUGUAUAAAUUACUUUGGAGAUCUGAGUUCAGUUUUCUGUGAGCAGAUCCAUUCCUCAGUAAAACCACUAACAAACCUGUCGAUAGUUUGUACCUUCUGAAAAAAAAAAAGGCCAAAGACUAAAUAGGGGCCAUGGUGACUGAGCUUUAACUUCAACUUGGGGCACAUACUUGAACAGAAGGGCAUUUUGUCUGCAGUUUGUGCAAGCUAGUUGUAUGGUUAAAGAGUGGUCUUAGGUCUCAACAUUUCAUAAUCAAGGUAUUCACUCUCAAUCAGUAAAACAAAAACCGUGGUAUGUUUUUAGGUACUUUCUUGUCUUUGCAGCCUUGAGGGAAAAAGUUUCCCUAGCAUUACCAAACCAUGUCACUGCUCAAAUCAAUUUAUUAGUAUUGCUUCAUCAAUUUUUCUUUCAUUCCUAGUUCAGCAUCUUCACACCUUUCCUUAUUCUUGUCUGACAGCUUUUUGAGAAGGAAAAUGUAAUCUUCAUGUUGACGGAAUGUCAAGUAAUUCAGUAAUUAAAAAGUAGCUUAAAACAAAAUUCUUUUUUGAUGGACUUUUUACUUUUCAUUUGCUAAGCUGAAAAGGACAGUCAAGAAAUAGAAGGAAUUGUGUGGGUGUCUUUAUUUAAGACCAACAAUUAAAAGAAUUAAUUCAAAUUCACUAAUUGACUGCUUGAUGAUAUCCGAAUGAGUCAUGAGAGCUACAACCCUAACCUUUCCAGCAAAGUUAGCUCUGCAUCCCCAGAGCACCACAGAAUGCUUAGAAGCACUUGGAAACACCAGGCUUCAAGUAUUUCAAAACUGAAUUUAUAACUUAGUACGCUGAAGAAACCAAAGAGAAACAGUCUGUUAAGUUCAAAAUUCAACUCGGCAUGAGCAACUUAAUCCAAUACCUAACUUGGUCCUGCUUUGAGCAGGGGGUUGGACAAGAUGACUACCUGAGACCCCUUCCAACCUGAGUGGUUCUCUGAUUUGAUUAGGAACCUACAAAGGUUCAUGUCAUCUUUAGGGACCUGAGAUUGAUUGCAUUUUUCAGGGUUUCAGUUUAGGGUUGAGAGGCAGUGCCCACUGGGGCUCUACAGUGUGGAUGUUUAGACAAAAACCUGAGCUUCACAGCUUCUUUUGCAGGUGACAAACCUUUCUGGCUGCAAGACACCUUCCCACCCUGUGGUGUAAGCCCACAAUGAGGGCAAAGCAAAAUUAAACUAUUGUAUCUGCUGACAAAAUAUUUGAGUAUUGCAUUGCACUGUUUCAGUUAAAUCUCUAACUAAAAAAGCCUAAAACCAGCAAGUGAUUGUACACAUCAUGUUUCCUCCGAUACCUUUUCUUCAUGUUCAUCAUGCAGCACCUAAAAAAAAAAAAAUUACUUUGUAAUCCAAGUAAUGCAAGGUGAAUACUUACACUUAUGUAAGGACCAUUUGUCCUACCUACAAAUAUAUAAAUCCUCUCUUAGGAAAGGAUGCAAUUUACAAUUGGAGCAACAGCUUUAUCCAUAAUUCAGCAAAAACAUGACCGAAAAGCAAAGAAAAAACUACAACUUUUAAAAAAUUAAAAAAUUGCAUUAACUUUUAAUGAAAAUAACUCUGGGUGGAAAACAGAGUAUAUGUACAUAUUCAGAAAACAGCAGAGCUUGAAAUUACCAUGCAUCACUCAGCUUUGAGGUUUGCUCUCCAAGGCAACACUAAUGUAACUCUACUAUUGUUUCCUACUAAGAUAAACAAAAAAUCCUUCCUAAGCUAUAAUGGAACAAUUAGGAGGCUUAGGAGGCUACAGGCAAUAAAUUUACUGGUUACUUUGAGCAACUGAUUUUGUCCAUACAGUUUGCAAAUGCCACACAAUUGCAAAAAUAAAACAUCCAAAAAGGCGAAGGUACAUAAUGCACUUUUGUAGAUGACUUAUGUUUACUUAUUACCAUCAGCAAGCUUUUUAAAAUAAAUCUAAUCACUUUUCAAGUAAUGUAGUUCAAAGUGCACUUCAGUUACUUUAGGUGUAAUAGAAAUCUACCUGCUAUAUAUUGUAUAUUAUUAAUCAGCAAACGCACAAGAUGAGAAAUUCAACCUGUGGUUUUAAACUGGACAGAAACUCCCACCACCAUUAUAAAGGUAACCAAGCUUAAAUCACAUCAAACCCAGCUGUCUAGCAUUCAUUUUUCAGAACACUGGUCUUGCUACUCUGCUAUUUUAGAUCAGAUUUUGGUGUUGUCGUCUCAGCCUUGUAUCUCAAAGCUCAGGACCUAUGAAGAGUUUUUGAUAAAAAACAUAGGCGUGGCUGGAAGACCCUAGAGCUUGUCUGUCGAGUGGGGGCACGACUUAAGUCGGGAAGCUCCUUUGGCAAACUGUUGUUUGAUGGUUUGUCAUUCCAUCAUUAUCAGUAAGCUGGCAGCAGUGAUCCUACCUAAAGCUAGUUGUUCUGAGGAGAGAGAAAAAAAACCUUUGCCUUUUGCUGAUGGACUUAGAGUCGAGUUUGCAGUAAGAGGCGUAGCCCCCCAUGCUGCUUUUGUUACUUGUUCCAAGACCCUGGCAGAGCGUCUUAACACCAUGGGUCAUGGAAUUCCCAACUGGAGUCAGAACUGGAGACCAAGGGCUCUUUUCUGCUUGGCAGAACAGACAAAAUAUGUUUAAUGGUACUUGGGCAGCAGAGCCUAGUAGCAUUCCUAAGCUUUGAGAAAUCCUUGUUUCAUCUGUAUCAGCCAGAAAGUUUCUGGGAGUGCCAGAGAGGGGGAGCAUGGCUGAACAAGUGAGCAUUGCAGGGGGAGUGAGUGUGCAAGUGUGUACUCAGGCAUGCCUGUGUGUGUGUACAGGGAGAGAGGGGUGGCCACAAAUGAAUGAGUUAAAAUAUCUUUUGCAAGCACCCACAGCAUGCAUUAUCCUGCAAGGACCAUACAAGCUAGCAGAGAGAACCAUGACUACUACGUUUAUCGUCUUUAGUGAAAGGUUCACUAACCUUUAAAGGUCAUCAGGCAGCAUUGCUGGCACUAGAUAAAACCAGACUUUAUAGCGAUAGGAAAACAAAGGACAGCAAACUUUGCCACACCCUUUGCAAUGGAGAAAGGGGCAAGUUUCGUCCAUCCUACUCUCUCCAUCUUGGCAUACUCGAGCAAGGCCAGCCACAGUGUCACUCUAAAAACAAACUGUAAAGGCUGAGGAAAACAUAAACAGCAGAGCAGAAGCCAAGAACCAGUUCUAACUUCACAGCAGGAACUCAUGGAGGCAAAACAGAUUGUACAGAAGUGCCUCACAAAGCAUCUUGAAGGAGAUGCAGUUUCAAUACAGAGGCUUAAGACACCUUUGACCAAGUUGUGCAAAGUCAAAGACUGUAUCAUUUAUAAAGUAUUAACACAGGGAUAGCAGGCUCUCCAACCUCAGAGAGGUGCUGUAAAGUUCACAAAUGCUGGUGAAAGAUGCUUGGAUACUACAAGGAGCAGUGCCACAGAAAUGCCUAUAAAUACUGAAUUCAUAUUUAAAUGUUCUAAUUGUGCCUUUGGGUUCUCUAAAAUUGACUUGUUUUUCGUUUAAAGGAAAUACUUUAAAAAUUAGGGGUAGGGAGCAGUGUCUGGAAGCAGCAUCCUAAUAAAGGGCAACACAAAGUCUGAAGACUCUUGCUCAAGAAAGAGGGGGAGGACUGUUUGGAGCUCGUGUCUCCAGCACCUCAUCCUUCUGACCACAGAGUGGUCUGCAGGGCAAAGUCUUGUUCUGUUCUCAGCAGACUUACUAAAUGCAAAGGGGCAAGGGAAGUAGCUGGCCACACUUUUGGGAUGCUGCAUUAGCAGUAAGAUUAAGCGCAAUUCUCUUAACACCUUCCUAGAGAGAAAGAACCCCAUGUUUUUCAGUUCAUUUCUGUAAUAUAAAAGUAUAUCUGAGAACUAGGCAAAAGUCUAUUUCACCUACCAGGUAUUGUUUUUAAAUUUCUUUCAAACUAUCUUUCAGUAUCAGAUUCUUUCAAUAUUUCAGGACAAAGCUGUCUUCUUAGAAAGAAGCAUGCCUAAUAACAAUCCUUGACUACUUGAACAAGUCAAUUUUCCAAGGACCGUAGGUGUCAAGUCAGAGCACCAUUUGGAACUACAGUACAGGGAUCCUAGACUUUAAAAGAAAUGUUACCUCAUGCAUCAUGUUAUGUCGUAUUUGUAGAAUUCCAGUUGAUUUCUCUUCAAAAAAGUUGCAUUCUAUAAUUUGUACAUGUGCUAGAGCUAUCAGUUUGGGUUUUUUUAAACAAACACUUCGUUUUGCUUUAAAUGUGGGUUUUCCUUAAACUCUAGAGAAACCAAUCAAGGUAAAAACCUUGUACAGUCUUACUUUUAAAUGACUGAUAAGGUCAGCAAGUAUAAAAGUACAUGUUGCAUUAAAAUUGCGUGCUGAUUAUGUAUUUAACAUAGAGAUGUGUAUGUUUUUGCAUUGUUAAAAAGAAUGAUCUAUGCUUUACUAUUUUUUGGAUUUGUGCUCCAAUAUUGUCCAACAGCUUUCAUACUCUAGUUACUCUAAGUAAAGUUCUAAGAGUUUGCAUAUGA